AUCAGCAUUGGCUCGAUCCUAAUCUACAUGUGCUCAGCAGAAUCCGAAAUCGGGCGGAAAGAGGGAAAUUAUUGUAGUACCAUUCUCUACCUAACAAGGCCUGAAGUUUAGAUGAAGAAGUUGAGUGAAAAUUGCUCUGAGGUGCCAAGCGGGGGUUACAAGGGAUGUCUAGCGAACGGCGGUCUGAAGAAGGAUAUUUUCGAAAUAGUGGAGAACCCUCUGGAUCCUGGCACAACAUCACAGAGAGUCGUCCUCCUCAGGACGGAGCAUGGCACCCACAACGUCACCGUCAUCCUUGUCACCGUCGUGUGCGUCUUAGUCAUAGCUCUCGCCGUUGUCGGAAUUAUCUUGUAUUCAGUUAGAAAAUGCAACGCUGGCACUAGCGAUCCUGGAGUGUGCAUUAGUGAGCACUGCGUAAAAACUGCUGCGUCGUUGCUGAACGCCAUGGACAAGACUGUCGACCCGUGCGAAGACUUCUUUCAAUUUGCUUGCGGUUCGUGGAACAAAAGACAUCAGAUUCCGGAAGAUAGAAGCAGCAUAAGCGUCUUCGAGGUGCUCUCGGAUCAACUCCAGGUCAUUUUAAAAGGCGUUCUGGAAGAGCCCUACAACACCGAGGACAUUGCAGCGACAAGAAAGGCAAAAUUAUUUUACAAGACGUGCAUGGAUAUAAAACAGAUAAGAGCUGUUGGUGAUAAACCGCUUCGACAGGCGCUUAACAAGCUCGGAGGAUGGCCUGUCGUGGUCGGUAAGGACUGGAGGCCCCCGGGCACCUCGAUCGAGCACCUUCUUGGUACCUUGAGAGGUAUCUACAACGAGGGGGUGCUCAUCGAACAGUGGAUCGGACCAGACGACAAGAAUUCUUCGGUCAACAUCGUCCAGCUGGAUCAAAUGAGCCUCGCUCUUCCUUCCAAGGACUAUUACGUGAAGCCGACUUCGGAUUCUGACUACCUGGAAGCGUAUCACAAGUACAUGACGGAGGUCGCCAUCCUUCUCGGGGCGAACGCCACCACCGCCGGGCCGGAGCUUUUAGAAGUCAUUCAGUUUGAAAAAAGGCUCGCCAAUGUUUCUUUACCCGAAGCGGACAGACACGACACGAGCGCUAUUUACAGAAAGAUGACCAUCAGGGAGCUGAAAAGGCUUGUGCCGCAGGUCGACUGGCUCGAGUAUCUUAAGACAUUUCUCCACAAACCGAUCGACGAUACUGAAACCGUCGUGACAUACGGUCUGCCAUAUUUUUCUUACAUGGGACAAGCUCUGGCAGAAACGGAUAAAAGGGUGAUAUACAACUACAUUCUUUGGCGGCUUGUGAUGACUGUAACUCCUCACAUGAUAGACGCUUACCAGGCGAAACACACGGAAUUCAAGAGGAUACUCCAGGGAAUCCAGUCGGAACGAAACAGGUGGAGCCAGUGUGUAGAAUGGACCAACAAGAAAAUGGGCAUGGCAGUCGGGGCGCUGUACAUCAAAAACAACUUCGACCAGAACAGCAAGAAAGUCGCCUUGGAGAUGAUUCACACAAUCAGGGAUGCUUUCAACGAACUUCUCGAGGAGAACCACUGGAUGGACAACGAGACGAGAGCAGUGGCGAAAGAAAAAGCGAACGCGAUGAACGAGAGGAUCGGAUACCCCGAACUACUGACCAGCCCUCAGGAACUCAACAAAGAAUACACAUUGCUGAACGUGACCGACAAGCAGUUUUUGGAAAAUAUAUUCAACAUAUUUCACUACGAUGCUCUUCACAAUCUUGAAAAGUUUCGUCUGCCCGUCGAUAAAGACAAGUGGUCCACAGAGCCGGCAAUAGUGAACGCUUUUUACAAUCCGAACAAAAACGAUAUCGUUUUUCCAGCUGGGAUUCUACAGCCUUUGUUCUACAGCCGACAGUCUCCGAAAUCACUCAACUACGGCGGGAUCGGCGUUGUCAUCGGACACGAAAUCACCCAUGGAUUCGACGACAAAGGGCGUCAGUUUGACAAGGACGGAAAUAUGAUGCAAUGGUGGAACAACGCGACUAUAAACAAAUUCCGCGAGAGGGCAAAAUGCUUCAUCGACCAAUACAGCCAAUACAAACUGCCUUUGGUCGACCAGUUCAUAAACGGAAGGAUGACACAGGGGGAGAACAUCGCCGAUAACGGAGGACUUAAGCAAUCCUUCAGGGCGUACAAGAAAUGGGUGGCGCAGAACGGCGAAGAAAAAAGGCUGCCUGGAAUGGAAGAUCUUUCGCACGAUCAGCUCUUCUUCCUAAAUUACGCGCAGAUCUGGUGCGGGACGAUGAGGCCUGAGGACGCCCUGACGAAAAUUAGAUCCGCGGUCCAUUCUCCGGGGCCAAUCAGGGUCAUCGGACCUCUCAGCAACCUGAAGGAGUUCUCAAAGGCGUUUUCCUGCCCGCUCGGAUCUCCGAUGAACCCCCCGAACAAGUGUUCUGUCUGGUAAAACGGAGUCGCCGGCUUUAUUCACCGCCGGGGUUGAGCCUUUAUCGCUCUUUGAUUUGCACGACGAGGCCUCGCGGCGCCAAACUCACUUUGGGCGAAUAACGGCGAAUGUUGAAUAGUAAGUUGUCUUUGUCAGGUGUUCAAAGUUUUUGAACAAAAAAUUAAAUUUCUUAAAAACAAUUACAUUUAAUAUAAAUUAUACGUAACACAUUCCAAAAUCGUAUAGCACUACACGGAAAAGUCAUUAAUUUCUAAAUAAUAAUUUCGUUUAUUUAUUUUCCUGUAUAAUAAUUAUAAUUUAACUAUAAUUAAAGACCAAAUACUCAGACAGUAGAGAUUUACAUUAGAAAUAUAUAUCGAUCAAUCUGCUAUGAAAAUAGCAAAAACUUUUGAAUUACUGAAUUUACAGCCUUUCUUAGUACAUAAAAAUAAACUUUAAAAACUACUUUUUAAAUAGCAUUAAAAAUCAGUUAUUAAUUUUUUUUGUAAAAUUGUAAUUUUUUCCUGUAUUGAUUAAAGAGAUUAAUAAAUGUUCUGAAAUUUUGCCUGAAGGGUAAUUUUGAUAUUGAUAAUUUGUUCCUACCAUGUCCAUCUGGUCAGUUAUCCGUUCAUCCGCGAGGUAUAUCUUCUUUUAUGUUAAUAUCAUUAUAAAAUGAACAUCUACCACGACGGCACUGUUAGCCGAAACGGGAAAUCUCGAAGUAGGCGAUAAACUUUUCCAAUUUUCCUUAUGUUGAUUUACGUUAGAAAUGGUUUGAAGAAUGUGUCGAUAUAAGAGAUAUUUUUACACCUGACAAUGAAUAACUGCUGGACUGUAUUUGUCCCGAAUUCCUCAUAGACGUAAAGAUUUCAUACAAUGCAAUCCAGUGAGGACUGGAAGAAAUAUCCAGUGUGGGUUAUAUCUGAUAUCAUAUCAAAACAAAUUAAUUGCGAUGUUGAAACAUUAGAGUUUAGCUUAAAAAAGAUGAAAAUUAUUUAAAAAAAUAACAAAAAAACAAAAAAAAGCAACAACAAAAUUGAUGCUUAGACUAUUCAAACAUUUCCAAAAUUUUGUUUACAAAAAAAUUCAUUUGUUUGAGAAUAUUGUAAAAAACCUUUAAUUAUAGCUUCGUGCGGUAGAGGGAAUGUACAUAUCUUUCAUUGUUACAAUUAAAAACAAAAUUGUAAGGUCAAAUUUAUUAUUGCGACUGGUCGUUUGUGCAUUUUGUUUUACACGACGAAUAGUUCCCUCAAGUACCUGAAAAGACUGUUAAACAGGGAUGGAUGCACGAUAAUUGUAUUUUAUUAUAUGUACCUGACGCACUAAAUUUUAAUUUUUCACUUCUUGUAUUUACGACUGCAUAGGACAGUCAUGGUUUGACCUUACAAAUAUAUAUAUAUAAAUAUAUAUAUAGUUAUUUGAAUAAUCGUGAACAAUUUGAUUUUAUGUGUGGGUUGGUUUAUUUUUGCCUUUUUUUAAUCUUUUUACUUUUAUAUGUGUUUUAUUUUGAAUGCACACAAAUAAUUCCUUUAGACUUGUAGCCAUUUAAUAAAUUAAAAACCAAUUAAGGGACUCAUUUUUUACGAUUAAUUAUGUAAUAUUUCUAAGCUAAAGCCUUUCCAUUUUGUAUUUGAAUUGUGUAAAGAAGUUCAAUUUUUCAGAAAUUAUUUCAUCACCUCCCACAUAUCUUGUAAAUAUUUAUUGACAAGAAUUUAAUAGUUAACAUUGAAUUAGAUUAGUGAAAAUAAAUUUUAAGAACAAAAUGUAAAUGUAUUUCAAAGCUUAAGCAAAAUGUUUUAUCUUCAAAGCUUAUUUAAACCAAAAGGCGACUUUUGAUCAUGACUUUUCAUCAUCUAUGGCAUAUAAAACAAUCAAAUAACUAAUUGAAAAAAAAUGUUUCUUUGAACAAAUCUCCAACUUGCUUAUGAAACAAAAAUUUAACAAUGUUUAUAGAAAUAUUUUUAAAUAACAUACGCACAUUAAUUAUAAGGUUUACACCAUGCGUAAAUAUUUGCAAAUAAGCCUUUUCAAAUUAAAUUUGUAUCGGUAUAUUGAUUUCAACUAAUAAACUGCAAACGCUUUUCAGUUGUUCAGUGGCAUUUGACAUUUUAGCCUUAUUUUAUUGGAUAUUAAAAACAUUAAUAAACACAGAAGAGCGUGAAACUCAAGGUUUUUCAGACGAGUUUUAUUUUGUAAACACCUGACAAAAUAUUACAUGUUGUAUGGUUAAUUUCUGUCGAUAUUUCCUCCCGAGAAACAGGAACGCUGAAUUGCAAGAGAAGAUGCCGGGUCAAUACAUUUUUGAUUGACUGCCCCAUUCAUUAUUGAUAGAUUAUGUUUUUAGGCAAAUUCCAACAUGCAUAGUACUUUAAGUCACCUUGACCAAUAAACAAGUUGAAAAACUAAUAAAUCUUUUGGAAGGAAAAGUUCUUUCAGUCCAGGGUAGACAUAUAAAAAAAUGUUUAUUUGCAUAAAAACAAUGGGCUCACAUAUUAAAAUAUCGACAAGUUUAAUGUUACACUUAGCAACAUUUUAGAUUAUUAACAUAUGUGAAAUAAAUUACAAGAGACAAUGGAUUGUGCCUUUGAACAGUCGGCAAUUUUUUUUAUAAUUCUACUUUUAUCGCUUUUAAAAAAUCUUUUUGUAACAAUUGAUAAAUAGUGUUUAUUAAUUUAAUACAAACUGUUUAGGUCAUAAGGAUAAUAUACUGUGCUCUUCUG